AGAGAGAGAGAGAGAGAGAGAGAGAGAGAGAGAGAGAGCUAGCAGACAGUCCUCCUGCUCCUCCUACGGUACCAUCUGCCGUUUUCACUUCCUCUCUCCCUGUCCUCGUUUUCUACACUCAUUCUUCUGUUUCAUUAAUAUUUUUUCAUCCCUCCUCUUGCUGUUUUCCUCGAAGAAAUGUCGGCCAGACCGGGAUUUUACCGGCAGGAGCUGAACAAGACGGUGUGGGAGGUUCCGGAGCGGUACCAGAACCUGACACCGGUGGGUUCUGGAGCCUACGGCUCGGUGUGUUCGGCCUACGAUGUGCUUUUACGGCAGAAAGUUGCGGUGAAGAAGCUGUCCAGGCCUUUUCAGUCUCUGAUCCACAGCCGCCGCUCGUACCGGGAACUCAGGCUGCUAAAGCACAUGAAACACGAGAACGUAAUAGGACUCUUGGAUGUCUUCACACCUGCUGCAACAUUAGAGGACUUCAAUGAACUGUACCUGGUGACCAAUCUGAUGGGCGCUGACCUCAACAACAUUGUUAAAUUUCAGAGAUUGUCCGACGAGCAUGUGCAGUUCUUAAUUUAUCAGCUUCUGCGUGGACUCAAGUACAUUCAUUCAGCGGGACUGAUCCACAGAGACCUGAAGCCCAGUAAUGUGGCAGUGAAUGAAGACUGUGAGCUCAGGAUCCUUGAUUUUGGAUUAGCCAGACAGACGGACGAUGAGAUGACAGGAUACGUGGCGACUCGCUGGUAUCGAGCACCGGAGAUCAUGCUGAACUGGAUGCACUACAAUCAGAACGUUGAUAUUUGGUCAGUUGGGUGCAUUAUGGGAGAGCUACUGAAGGGAAAAGUCCUUUUUCCCGGAACUGACUAUAUCGACCAGCUGAAGAGAAUCAUGGAGAUGGUCGGGACGCCGACACCUGAUCUUUUAAAGAAGAUCUGCUCUGAACAUGCACAGAAGUACAUCCAGUCUCUGCCCUUCAUGCCCCAGCAGGACCUGGAGAAGAUCUUCAGGGGAGCAAACCCACUAGCCGUCGACCUCUUGCAGCGAAUGCUGGUUCUGGACUGUGAUGGGAGGAUCUCAGCCAGCGAGGCUCUAGCGCACCCUUACUUCUCACAGUACCACGACCCAGACGACGAACCGGAGGCGCCACCUUACGAUCAAACGCUAGAGAGCAAAGAUCGCACUCUUGAAGAAUGGAAAGAGUUGGUGUUCGAAGAGGUGAACAGCUUCAAAGCGCCCGCCAGUAAAAGUGACAGCCUUCAGGUGGAGCAGUAAUCCCGAUCCUGCUCCGCCUGACCCUCUGCCUAAAGGACCGACAACUCUACCCACCCAUAGCAGACGGCAACGGCAUCUACAAGCUAGCUGAAUAAAACUCUGCUUCCCGUGGACUCUAUGCCUUUUUCUGCGGCUGGGUCCAUGUGAGCAGCGGGUCGGGACAGCCUCCGAAGGAUCAGGAUAAAACGGCUACAGGGAGCGUUUUAGAAUCAGACAGAAGAAGCUUUCCACUCCAGAAGGCUACUUCCUGUUACGUUUCUAUAAAGGAGGAGCCAUUGGCGUUAGCUAGCAACUUUCUUGACAUGAACUGUGUUUACAAACUUAGAAGUACAUUGAAAAAAUAAAACACACAAGAACGUCCAAAGCAACGGCACAAGUCUCCCUCAUCCUGACAAAUGCCAUAAGCAGUCCCUGCUCUGACUUCCAUCUAUUCAUGCUUGCAGUAAUGCCACGUUAGCAUUUAGCCUGCAAACUAAUGCAUGAUUUGUGUGCGUGUUCCUGGUAGUGUAUUAUGACUUUUUUCUUUUUUUUUACCAUUUUAUCUUUACUAUCGCUACCCAAAGCAAACAAAACCCACUGUUCUUCCUCUCAUGAAUCGUAAACACCAACUGUGCUAUUAUUAGCAAGAUCACUAAACUAUACCAAAGCUGGGACAGAGUGCGUGUGCUAGCUUGUUGUGUACGCUUGCCGCUGUUAGCUUUGGCAUCACUCCAGCAGCUUUACAGUCUAUUCCGGGCUUGGUUUUGUUUCUAGUCCUUGAAAUUAAUGUAGGCAUUUUGAAAAAUGUCACAAUACCCAGAAGGUUUGCAGCAGCACUGAUAAUUCUUAAACUGGAGGGGGGCCAAUUACUGAAUGUUUAGCUUUAGUGUAGUUUAUGCUACAGGAAGUGAUUCAGAUUGGUUACACGACCAGAGAGGAAACGCAUUACAGAUGGAUGUUCUGUACUCUGAUUAUGGGUGUUUCAAUAAUGCUGCUGCACUUUGUAGCUUGUUGAAACAGCAUUAUACCCAUAAUCAUAUUACGGAAAAUCCUCUCAGGUAAUGUUUGUAGCAGCUAGCCGAUUCAUGUAAUCCUUCAUAACAACUUGGAGCAGAUUGGAAGAACAUUUCUCUGAGGUAGAAAUAAGCUGUGAAAAGUAAAUAAAUCAGUUUUUAUGUUCAGUAGGUACACGAGUAAAGUCAAGUCAAACAUUUCGAUUAUUCGUUAUUAGCAUGUCAAUUUUAAUUAGCGAUUUCUAAAACCACCUAAUAAUGCGUGAAAUACCAAAUUUUCUGGACCUUACGGAUGAUGCCAUAACCUCACGUACACAAAACGACAUGCAACCGCAGGUAGUGUGAUAUUUUGAAAUUUUUGGGCUAAGGGGUUGUUAGCCCAAAACACACUGUUUCUUGUGGCAUCCAGGCUUUUCAACCUAAAAAAAAACAAAAAUGCAGUUUGUUUGUUUCUAAGAAUUUUUCCAGCUGAAAUGUUGUGUUGUGGUUGUUUAUGGGUUUUAAACUCUAGACCACUCACUCGUGAGACUUAUAGCCGACAAAAGACAAUCUAGUUGCUCAAAUCACCUCGGGGCACUCUAUACAGUCCACUUUAUAAAGGAACUAUACAUUUUCAUACCACAUACAUAAAUGCUUCCUCCAUGUUUACCGAAUUGACUGAAAAAUGUAGCCUGGAUAUACUAGUGUUAGUGCAGCAUGCCAGAUACGAGCUCAAGAUGCAAUGUUCUUUCAUUAGCUGAAGAUGAAGUCUCAAGUACGUACUAACAACAAAAAGUAAAAUGAAGGGUCAUUGGUUAGCUGCCAGGUCUCACAACCCUACAGUAAGACAGGAAGCCCCGGACUUGGACCUUUGUUCUUCUGCAGAUGUAUCACCAUAGGCAAGAACCUCUGUCCAGGGAUGUCAUGACUCUGUAAGUUCUUUCUAGGUAUCUCUCAACCUCUAAGACUGAGGUUCCAGACAUGAAUGUGACUGCUGAGAUAGGCAAAUCUUAACGUUUGACUUUCACCACAAGCAGACACACUUAUGGCUAAAUUGAGGAAGGCACUGAAGGCUUGGAUCUAGUCUUAAUCCAGGACAGUUGCAGCCACAGAUUCUAUGACACCUCACCCGGCUUCUCAAGCAGUGCAAUCGGCAUCCAUUGAUUCCGCAAAGCUCACAUCUUCUAUGAAGUCAAAGUCAAUAAAUCCUGCUGACGAAGACUGUCACCUUACCCAACACCCAAUCCAUGCAAGCUUUGAACAGAAUAGGACCCAGAACACUUCCCUGAUGAAUGCCAGGAUUCACUGGGAAGAAGUUGCAGAGUAUUAUUGAGGAUCCUGCAAAUUCUCAUGAUCCAUAAUGCAGCAGCCCUAAACAAACACAAGUAUGAGCUAUUCCCGCUCAUAUUCAGUGAUGAGCUGAAUACAAGCAUACUUGAAAAGUUACGAUGUGGUUGACUUGGUUAUGAAUCCAGACUGCUCAUGUUAUGCCAUCGUCAUUAAAAAAAGAAAAUGGGCUUAGGUCAGCGUCUUUGUCAAAUAGACUGCAUAUACGCGUAUAUGUAUAUAGUGUUUUUACAUCUGAAUCAGAAGCUCAAAGCGCUUUACGUUGAUGCCUCACAUUCACCCACCAAUGUCAGGGUGCUGCCAUGCAAUGCAAGGCACUCAAAUGCGCAUUGGGAGCAACUGGGAGAUUAAGGACCUUGCCCAAGGGCCCUUAGUGAUUUUUGGUUCUGACAGGGGUUUGAACCAAGGAUCCUCUAGUCUCAGGCCCACCGCUUAACCACUAGACACUCACCUCCUUGUAUAUGUCAUAUAAAAUUAAGGUUUGUGAGCCCAAAUUACUAAAGUUUGACUCAAGAAUUGACAAAUUCUACCUCAGAGAAAUGACUCCUAAUAAAAAAAAUUCAACUAACUUUUUAGAAUUCCAUUUGGUGGAAGGAAUGUACAUUUUGUCUCUCUGUAAGAAAUCACACUGGAGUACUAUGUGUGGCCUUUAACGCAUCCAACAACAUUGGGUGCAAAAUGCCAAACAGUCCACCGCAGUCAAAGUGUGUCCGUUUCUGAAUGCUGACGUGUCGUGUGCUCAUGUAGAUGUUGUAAAUGUGAUGGAUUUGUACUGCAACCUGAAUGUAUAUGUAUAGUUUCUCGAUCAUCAUCAACGGGUAACAGCAGUCUCACAAAAGAAACUUCAUUUCUGAUUUAGUUGCUUUGAUUUCAGGACAAAUGUUAGGUAAUUGCUGAUCCUUUGAUCUUAUAAUCAGGAUCAAAGGAGUCAGGCUCAAUGUGUGGAUCCUGAUUUUUGAUGCAGAUUUAUGAACUAAUCAGUGGUCCUGACUAAAUGAUCAAAGGAACAAAGAUCAAAGGCUGGAUCAAGAUCAAAGAAAUCAUAAUGAAAGCAAAAAACUCAAUCAUUAAAGUGAAGCUCCACCCCUACAUUCAAAUUCACGCCAAAAUUUAAUAAACUCUUCUUUGAACAAAAGCCCUACCUGACAACUAAGUUUCAUUAAAAUAUAUCCAUGUACUUUUAAGAUAUCCUGCUGCAAAUCAGAUAAAUAGCAA